CCUUCCUCCCUGCGAACUCGAGUCCGCUGCAAAGAUGUGCAAAGGUCUAGCUGGGCUGCCUGCUUCCUGCUUGCGGAGCGCAAAAGAUAUGAAGCACCGGCUGGGGGUGCUCCUGCAGAAGCCGGGUUCCUGCGAGCACAGCGCCCCCCACAGCAGGAGAGACAAGCUGGCCCUUGGUCAGAGGGUGAGCCAAGAGGAAGUCAAAAAGUGGGCCGAAUCACUGGAAAACCUGAUUAAUCAUGAAUGCGGGCUGGCGGCGUUCAGAGCAUUCCUCAAGUCGGAAUACAGCGAGGAGAACAUUGAUUUCUGGAUCAGCUGUGAGGAGUACAAGAAAAUCAAGUCUCCCUCUAAACUGAGUCCCAAGGCCAAAAAGAUCUACGAUGAGUUCAUCUCGGUCCAGGCAACCAAGGAGGUCAACCUGGACUCUGGCACCAGGGCGGAGACCAGCCGGAACAUGCUGGCGCCCACGGCGACCUGCUUCGACACAGCCCAGAGGAAGAUCUUCCACCUAAUGGAGAAGGACCCCUACCGCCGCUUCCUCAAGUCCCACUUCUACCUCGAGCUGGCCAGCCCUUCCGGCUGGUGGCCCGAGAAGCAGAAAGGGGCCAAGCGUCCCGCAGACUGUCCUUCCCUGGCCCCCCAGUGUGCCUGACUCUCAUGCUGCGGUGAGGGCCAAAGGCCAAGACUGUGCUGGAACUGAGGCCACUCACUGGUCUGUGAGCAGCAGGGGCAUGUCCACCAUAGCCUAGUUCCCACGUGUUACUGCCUAGAUUUAGUGUCUGUGCUUCUGUGUUCAUCAGGACAGGCCCUCUUUCCAGUCCAGUUCCCCCACAUUUUUUAGGGUGCCAUGUGGGCAAGGUUCCAAACAGCAGCCCGAGAGGCCCGGAGUGUUAGAGACUGUUGGCAGUCCUCUCCACCCAGCAGUGUGACCUCAGGUGGGUGGGCCCAUGUCCUGUGACAUCCACAGGCUCAUGGAUUCUGUUAGCUAGCACCUCCUGCAGACUCUAGGUGUCCGGGUGAGGUUGACCUAUUGUGUGUACACGUGUGCGUGUGUGUGCGUGUGUGUGCGUGUGUGCGUGCAUGCACACACAUUCUUGUGACAGUGAUGGAAGGGACCCAGGCACUCAUCACUAGUGCUCACACACUCACAUGGACGGAACAAAGGGAAUCAGCUCCCUGCCAGCUAACCUGGGGAAAGUGGCUGUCACACUCCGGGGUCUCGCUGGAGAAGCAUCCGGAUUUAACCGAGACAGCCUGCCCGCUGAGCAGUAUUCUAGGGAGCGAAUGUCACACAGAGUCUAAUCCUUGCCUCCCAGGGCUGUCCUGGGCUGCGGGCACUCACACACUUAUGAGUCCCUGAGCUGCGGGCCUCCCCACUUUGCCUGGGGGUUGGCACCUGGUUAUCUGCGGCUGGGCGGGCUGGGGCUGGGAGGUGGCCGUGGGUAGUGGGACUGUGGGGAAACGCAGGCUCCAUGUGCUGGGAGGCUCGGCUGCGGAAGGCACAGGACUCUGAGGUUGCUCUCCACUCCCUUUCCCCACCAAGGUGCUCCUCUCAUCUUGUGUUUUCCUGAGAAUGCAGCCCUCACCUGAGGCUGCUUAGUUCAUGGUGACAUUGUUUGUGUUCCAUUGGCUCUAGGCUAUAUGCCUCCACUCUGAGCCAGCCCCCAGGAAAGGUGACAUUUUAUAAGGGAACUGUUUCCACAAGCCCCAAAGCCCUGGGUGUUGCUGUGGCCCACGUGGCGGGUCCCCGGGGCUCUGGGACGGAGUGGGAGGGAAGGGGGAAAAUGGGCACUUGUUGGAACUGCUGUUAGGAACUUUCCAAAGGCACGUGAAAUACUUGAAGAUUUCUCAUGGUGUUAUUUAUGAUGUUGUUUUGUACGAUGCUUUAAUUAUUGUAUUGCUUUAUAAAUGGAGGUGCAGGAUGUCUCCUGAGCGGUUCAUGAGUGGCCGGGAAGUCACAUGCUUCUUACUCUACCGAAACCACUGCUGUGAACACCCACGUGCCCAGUCCCUCCGCAUCUGUCACCCCGUGAGCGCCAUGUGCGCUGAAGCCGAGAGCCUGGGCUCAAAGUGUGGCUCCCAUAGCGCUGCCCACGGACCCAUCGUAUUAAAGAUGCAGGUCUCAUCGUACCCUCCUGGUCUCUGGCAGUUUCUUGCCUGUCUCUGGGUCCCCAUCAGCAUCUCUUGUGUUACAUACAAGCCCACAGCCUCCUCUCUAGGUGACUCCAGGGCCCAAGUGUGUGACUCUGUUAUAACCGUCGGACCUCCGGGUUGUCCCGGACCCACGGACAGCUGCCUCACGGGUGUGCAGGGUUGUUCCGAAUGAGAAGUAAAUUAUUUUAUGUAAUGUUUUCCAGUGUGCUUUUCAGUUGAGUACUGCUGUUACUUCAUCAGCAUUGACGUAGAGAGCGCCUGUCCCGGCCCACGGGCUGGGCACCCCUCCUGUGCCUGCCCAUGGUGGGCGCUGACUGGGAAACUCGAGUCUCAACUGCUGACCGACUAUUUUGAACCAGGACUCACUCUGUAAUGGUGCAGCUGGCUACUUUCCUGCACUUGAAUAUUAAAUGAAAGCAUCUGAAUAAA